UGCAAAUAUCCUGCGCCUAAACCGCAACUAUUGUUAGCUAUUGCAUAAUUUUGGCUCAGGCCUAAGUGGUUGGACUUCAGCAACCAUCUAGCUUUUAAGUCGAAGAUGUCCUGAAUAUAUCACCUGUCUUCCUCGAAAAGUGGAAAAACAUCUCAUAUUACCUUUUCCACUCUGCCUCAAUUUCUGUCUGCAUCCCCCUCUUCCUCUUCUCAUUGAAUCCCAGCGGCUGGAUGGCCUCGGGGUUCAGCUCCCUGUAGGUAUUGUCCAUUUCUUCGGAUGAUUGAAUCUUCAUAUCAACAACAAUUAAUGGAGGAGAAAAUUGAGAAGAGACACCAAGACAACGAAGACAGGAUGAUUAAAAAAGGGCAGGAAGAGGGUAAUGGGAAAAAAGUCACCUUCCAAGACCAAGAGAUCUACAUAGAAAAUCUUGAUCAAUCAGCUGUUCAAGAAAAUGAAGAAACAGCUGAUUCUAUUGAAUUGGAGAUGAGAAAGCAGAAGGCCUUGAACAAAUUCAGGAGCAUGGUGGAAGGUGCAAUUAUUGAUAAUUACCUUCUAGAAAAACCCAAAAAGAGUUUCUUAAGGAGAGAAUCAGAGAGGGAGAAACAGCAGCAGAGGGAGAUUAGCCUUUGGGGUGUGCCUUUAUUGCCAAGUAAAGGCCAUGCGAGCACCGAUCUUGUGCUGUUAAAAUUCCUGACAGCAACGGACUUUAAGGUUAACGAAGCUUUCAAGAUGCUUCGCAAUGCUCUGAAAUGGCGGAACGAAUGCAGGAUAGAUGCUAUUCGUGAAGAGAAUUUGCAUCUCGGCCUUGAAAAAUUUGUGUACAUAAAUAGCGUCGGAAAACAAGGUCAGCCUGUGCAUUAUAUUUUGUACGGGGCUUUCAAGGACAAGGAAUUGUACAGGAAAGUAUUAGGAACAGAAGAGAAUCGCGAAAAGUUUUUGAGAUUAAGAAUCCAACUCAUGGAGAAGAGCAUCGAGCAACUUAGUUUCAAAGCUGGAGGGGCAGAUUCUAUACUUCAGAUUACAGAUCUCAAGCACUCGCCAGGGCCAGAAAGGGAGGAGUUCCGUUCAGUCCACAAAAGGACCUCCACAUUGAUUCAAGCCAAUUACCCUGAGCUCAUUCAAAAGCAUAUUUUGAUAAAUGUUCCAUUUUGGUACUACACAUCCCGUUUUCUAACAUCCAGGCUCAAGCAUCAGAGAGGUAAAAAGAAGGUUGUUCUUGCUAGACCAUCAAAAGUCACAAAAACCCUUCUAAAGUGAGCAACAUUGUAAUUAAUCAAAGUAUAUAUAACAUAUGCUUGUUGUAUUAUUAUUAUUAUUAUUUGUAUGCCAAUUGUCUCUUGAACAAUUUGAUCCAACUUUGAUUGCAUAUGUCAAGGCACAUAUCCCCUGAAAACCUUCCAGUUAAAUAUGGUGGUCUGAAAAGAGAGAAUGAUAUCGAGUUUUUUCCAGAGGACAAAGCUUCAGAGCUAAUUGUCAAACCAAAUUCAGCUAGCUGCAUCCAAAUUCCA